UGUAUCUACUCUCAUAGUGAUAUUAUCAUCUUGAAACUUGUCGAUAUUAAUAAGUGUGGAAUGUCAAUAUUUUUUAAAGUAAUUAAUGGGUUCAAAAAUAAAAAAAAAUAUUUUUCUUUUUAAACAAUUAUUAAUAGAAGAAAUGAUGGAUUAAAAUAUAAAACUAAUGUGUAUGCUACAUUGAUUUAAUAGUAGUGUAAUGUUCAAAUACUGUAAAUUUAAAAAUUUAAAAACAAAAAUAAAUAAUCGUUUAAUAUGUUAUUUAAAUUAAUAAAUUUAAAUUGAGAGAAAUAUAAUUAAUAUAAAACAAUAAUAAUAAGUAGGUCGUGAAAAUACCGACGACAUAUUAUUUUAUUUUUAUUAUAUAUUUUUCUGCCUGGUAUCGUGUGUGUGGUAAAUGCAGUGCAAUGAUCAUAAGAUGGAUCAUUGUCGUCGUUACAGCGACUUGCCUAGUUUUUAAUUGUACAAGUGGUCAAUUGACUGAUAAUACUCCACCGGUAAUGAGAUUAGAUAGAAAUUGGAUUUUAUUAGAUUCUGAGCCUAUAGGAAGUAUUGUCACCCGAGUUCAUGCUAAAGAUAAUGAACAAGAUAAAUUAAUUUAUGGACUUGAAUCAUUAGAUCACAAUUAUAAUAAUGGUGAUUUAACUCUAACAACUACAGGUUCACUAUCCCCUUUACCUUUUUCUAUUGACAAUAAAACUGGAGUUAUCUAUAUUAAUGAAACACUUAAAGGACGGGGCGGUGAAAAUUUAUAUCUGUAUGUAACUGUUUCCGAUGGACAAUUAACAGCUAAAAAUGAAGUAUAUGUUAUAAUAAAAAAUAGUUCAUUGCCAUCAUCAGCUGAUAAUAAUAAUAAUAAUUAUGGAUCACCAUUUUCUUCAAAUAAUAAACAUCAUAUUAAUUCAGGAUUAAAUCAACAUCAACCAAUACGUGGACCACCUUUCCUUGUUCAUUUUUCAAAUUCUCCAUUGUCCCCAUUUAAACGACCUAGUAUUAAUUUAACAAAUACUCAACAAAAAACUACAAUAUUACGACCCGCUCAAAUUGAUAUUAAUAAUAAUGAAUUAGACGAAUUAUCUACUACUAAUGUCAAGACAACGACAUUAUCAAACAUGAAUGUUUAUAAUAAUUCGCUGGAAUCUACAAAUGUUGAAGCUAAUAAAGAAAAUUAUUCAUAUCAAUCUAUAACUAUGACAACUUUUAUAACAAUUAUAGCAAUCUGUGCAGUUAUUUUUGGUUUAGGAAUGGGUAUCUGGUCUAUAAAGGGUAAAAUUUGUAGUUCACAUAAAAAAUCUAUAAAUACGAAAGAACAAAUAGCUGUUGGUGUAUCAGAUAUUUCAUCAACUAAUGAACCUUCAUUAAUUUUAAAAAACUGGCACAAUUCAAAAUUUUCAUCAAAUAAAUAUCAAGAAUGGAAUAAAAAUAGUAAUUGUAAUAUCAAUAAUAGUAAUAAUAAUAAUAAAACAUCAGCUACAGAAUGUAUUAAAAAACAAGAUGACAAAUGGGAAUUUCCACGUCACAGACUCAAAGUGUUUUGUAUUCUGGGAGAAGGAUGUUUUGGACAAGUGUGGAAAUGUGAAGCACUUGACAUAGAUCGAACCAAUAGCGGAAAAACUUCAGUGGUUGCUGUUAAAACAUUAAAAGAGAAUGCUACUGAACGAGAAAGAUUAGAUUUAGCCCAAGAAUUAAGUGUUAUGAAAACACUAGAACCACAUCCAAAUGUUGUUAAAUUAUUGGGUUGUUGUACUGAACGAGAACCAAUAUUUGUUAUUAUGGAGUACAUUAGUGGAGGUAAAUUGCAAAGUUUUUUGCGUAAUAUGAGAGAAGAAAGAAAUUGUGGUAGACCUGGAUUAACAUCAAGUGAUCUUACUGGCUUUGUUUAUCAGGUUGCUAAAGGAAUGGAAUUUUUAGCAUCAAAGGGUAUUAUUCAUCGUGAUUUAGCAGCUCGUAAUAUUUUAAUAGACAAUAAUAGAGCUUGUAAAAUAGCUGAUUUUGGUUUUGCUCGAGAUAUUGCUGUAAAUAAAAUAUACGAACGUAAAUCAGAAGGACGACUACCAAUAAGAUGGAUGGCCCCCGAAAGUCUUUAUGAUAAUAUGUUUUCAGUUAAAUCAGAUAUUUGGAGUUUUGGAGUAUUGAUAUGGGAAAUAGUUACUCUAGGUUCAACACCUUAUCCGGGUAUGGGAGCUGCCGAAGUAAUGAGAAAAAUUAAAGAGGGCUAUCGACUUGAGCGACCAGAGCAUUGCAAAAGAGAACUAUAUAACAUUAUGUAUUAUUGUUGGGACAAAGAUCCAUCAUGUAGACCUUCCUUUGGAGAGCUUGUUGUUAUGGCAGAAGGACUUUUACUUGAUGAAAUUGAUUAUAUUGAACUUGAUCGAUUUCCCAAUCAUUCUUAUUACAACGUUCUUAAUUUAAGCGGCGAAAAACUGUAAUACAUUACUUUUUUUUUUAACAACAAUGACAACAAUCGAAAGAUCUGUAUACUUUUUUAUUAUAUAACAAUCCGUCCAAAAGUGUCUAAUAAUAUUUUAAUUCUAUAAUAAGAAUAAUAAUAAUAAUAACAUUUAAUACUCGUAUAUAUAAUAUACAUACAUACAUUCAUAAAUUAA